UAAAGAUGUCCGAUGCAUGCACUAUUGCACUAAGUUGAUUCGGUUCUUUUUCAGUUGCUCAAGUUACAAAUAGUUGUAAUCAGAACACCAGAACACAAUCUAGUUCAUCUUUGCUGAACAGUUUACAAAAAAGGGACCAAAUUUGAAAUACGAAUAGAAUCAUGAUGGAAGAUUUAAACGAGUCCGAAAAUACGAGCGUAAUUUACAUUACAGAGGAACACAGGGUGGAAUGGACCAAUGAAGCCACUAGGGAGCUUUUGAAACUAUAUGAUGAAAAAUGUGACCUACUAGAAAGCGGAAUAAUAACUACACAGAAAAGGCUUUGGGAACUUGUAUCAAAAGACUUGGCAAAGAAGGAUUUUUAUUAUAAUGGACAACAGUGUGAAAAUAAAUGGAAAACGUUAAAACGCUGUUACAGAAAUAAAAUUGAGAGGAUGAGAACACAUGGAACUAAUAAAAGACCAUGUCCUUUUCAAGAUGAAAUUGCUGAAAUUCUCAACAAACGGCCAUUUGAAAGCAUGAUGAGAUCAUACUCAGUUAAAAGAAAUAUAAGAAGAGAUGCAAACGAUGAGUCUUCCUUUGAUAUAAGUACACCAAGGCAUGUACUGGCCCUGAUAACGGCCAGUACCAAUGGCUACCGCCCCAUAUCACUGCUUAAUGCAGUAGCCAAGAUCGUGGAUGAAGUCCUCUUACGACUCAUUUCAAAACACGUCGAAAAGCUGAACCUAGUGCCAAAGGAACAGUUUGGGUUCUGCAAGGGACACAGCACUGUGUCCCAAGUGGCCCGAAUCGUUCACGAGGUAAAAGAGGCCUGCAAUAACGAUAAGAACACCGUUAUGGUCAUGAUGGACCUAAAAAAGGCAUUUGACACCGUCUGGCACGAAGGUUUAAUGUCCAAACUGCACAAGGCUAGGAUGCAGAUUUUUAUCAUUAAGAUUAUCGAUGCAUGUAUCACCAAUAGGAAAAUCCGGGUCAAGGUCAACGAAAGUAUAUCGGGAGAUUUUCCACUCGAGGCAGGUGUUCCGCAGGGGUCGUGCCUCUCACCUCUGUUGGCACAGAUCCAGAUCCAUCUGGACAGGGGAAUCAUACCGUACUUUGACGAGUCAAAGAUCCGCAUCAACAGUGCGAAAACUGAAGUCAUCAACUCCACGUUGAGCAGACCUUUGACCGUCAAAGGGGUUGAGGUGACAGAUAUGUCCCCUGUGAAAUACCUGGGAGUCAAUUACAGCGGAGACAAUGGAGACAUGAAAAACGUGAAACUGAUCAGGACUGAGGACGACGACGACGACCGUCAAGUUCUAGAGUCCACCGAGUAUUUGGUGCAAGACGUGAACCAGUUACAAGUCGUCGAAGAACUGUCAGAGCUCACCAAAGUCAUUGGUAAACACAACAAGCUGAACACGGAACUUUUGAGGAAUUCCGGGGAGCUGCACGAAAAGUUGGUCCAGUAUUUUGAGGGGGCAGCUGAAAGGGAUAGCCAGAAACUGGAAUUAGAGGAAACUAGGAUGGAACAACAAAAUGAGAUGAUAAAGCAAAUGAAAAUACAGAAUAGCUUGUUACAAAAAUUGUUGGAUAAAUUGGGAUGAUUUCAACAUAAUUUAUUUUAAUAUAAGUAUAAGUAUCUACUUUAUUGUUUCAUACAGAAUAAUCGAUAUUAAAAAUCAGUUCCAUUCAUUA